AGGCGGGCUGCGGACGUGGGCGCGGGCGGGCAUGGGCGGCCGGCGGUGAGGGAGGGCAGCGCUAUGUGGCUGAAGCCCGAGGAGGUGCUGCUGAAAAAUGCCCUCAAGCUGUGGGUGCAGGAGCGCUCCAACCAGUACUUCGUGCUGCAGAGGCGGCGGGGCUACGGCGAGGAGGGCGGAGGCGGCCUGGCAGGUCUUCUCGUGGGGACGUUAGAUGCGGUGCUGGAUUCCACAUCGAAAGUCGCCCCGUUUCGCAUCCUGCAUCAGACACCAGACUCUCAAGUCUACUGGUCCAUUGCAUGUGGAUCCAGCAGAGAAGAAAUAACAGAACACUGGAACUGGUUAGAACACAAUGUUAUGAACACAUUGUCAGUAUUUGAUUCAAAUGAAGAUAUUACAAGCUUUGUCCAGGGAAAGAUAAGAGGUUUAAUUGCUGAAGAAGGAAAAAGUUCUUUUGUAAAAGAAGAAGAUCCCGAGAAGUUUCGUGAAGGUCUUAUGAAGUUUGAAAAAUGUUUUGGGUUACCAGAGCAGGAGAAGUUGGUUACCUAUUACUCAUGCAGUUACUGGAAGGGCAGAGUGCCCUGUCAAGGAUGGCUUUAUCUCAGUACCAACUUCCUUAGCUUUUACUCAUUUUUGCUGGGAGCAGAAAUCAAACUUAUUAUCUCUUGGGAUGAAAUAUCAAAACUUGAGAAGACUUCCAAUGUGAUUCUGACAGAGAGCAUUCAUGUGUGCUCCCGUGGGGAAGAUCACUAUUUUUCCAUGUUUUUGCACAUUAGUGAAACAUUUCUUCUCAUGGAGCAGCUGGCAAACUAUGCUGUUAGGAGACUUUUUGACAAGGAGACAUUUGAAAAUGACCUAGUCCUUCAUGAUCCCCUGCAGAUCACCAAGAGAGGCCUGGAGAGCCGAGCCCACAGUGAGCAGUUCAGUUCAUUCUUCAGGCUGCCCAAAGAAGAGACCCUGAAGGAAGUUCAUGAGUGCUUCUUGUGGGUUCCUUUCAGUCAUUACAACACCCAUGGGAAAAUGUGCAUUUCAGAAAACUACAUUUGCUUUGCUAGCCAGGAUGGCAGCCUGUGCAGUGUCAUCAUUCCAAUAAGAGAGGUCACAGGGGUGGAGAAGGCAGAUCCAGCCAACAGAGGAGUCAGCAUUAGUACCAGAGGAAAAACAGCUUUUCGUUUUACAGAGGUCCGAGAUUUCGAACAGCUUGUGGCAAAGCUCAGAAUGAAAUGCAAUGCAACUUCAAGUCCACAACACAUCCUAAAUACAGAGGUUACAGCUAGUUCGACCUCUGACAGUCCAAAGGAUGUUGAUGCUGGUCCGUCAAAGAUGGGUCAGAGAGAUAACAGCAAAACUGUCAUUACAGAAGCCCUGAUGACUGUCUACCAUCCUCAGGAUGCUGAGAAUCUAGACUCUAAAAUGUUGAAAGAAAAAAUGAAAGAGCAGUCCUGGAACAUCCUCUUUGUUGAACGUGGACAUGGUGUCAGUAUGUUUCGAACAAAGAAGACACGAGACCUCGUUGUGAGAGGGAUCCCCGAGGCAUUAAGAGGAGAGCUCUGGCUGCUCUUCUCAGGUGCUGUGAAUGAUAUGGCAUCCAACCCUGGUUAUUACACUGAGUUGGUGGAAAAGUCCUUAGGAACAUGCACUUUAGCUACUGAUGAAAUCGAACGAGAUUUGCGUCGCUCCUUACCUGAGCAUCCUGCUUUUCAAAGUGACACAGGAAUUUCUGCACUCAGGAGAGUUCUUACAGCUUAUGCAUACAGGAAUCCCCAGAUUGGAUAUUGUCAGGCAAUGAAUAUUUUGACAUCAGUACUUCUGCUGUAUGCCAAAGAGGAGGAGGCAUUCUGGCUCUUGGUUGCUGUGUGUGAAAGGAUGCUACCCGAUUAUUUCAAUCGUCGAAUCAUUGGUGCCUUGGUAGAUCAGGCAGUGUUUGAGGAGCUCAUCAGGGUUCACCUGCCUCAGUUGACAGACCACAUGACGGACAUGACUUUUUUCUCCUCGGUCUCUCUCUCCUGGUUCCUUACCCUUUUUAUCAGUGUGCUGCCUAUUGAAAGUGCAGUCAAUGUGGUGGACUGUUUCUUCUAUGAUGGAAUAAAGGCAGUCUUGCAGCUGGGUCUUGCAGUGCUGGAAUACAACAUGGAGAAGCUGCUGACUUGUAAGGAUGAUGCAGAAGCAGUCACUGUUCUCAACAGAUUUUUUGACAGUGUCACUAACAAAGACAGCCCUUUGCCUCCAGCUGUGCAGCAGGGCUCCAACCUCAGCCAUACCAAGAGUGACCAUCCAAAUGUGGACAUCACUGAUUUGAUCCGGGAGUCAAAUGAAAGAUAUGGUGAUAUUAGAUACGAGGAUGUUGAGAGCAUGCGCUGCAGGAACAGGCUUUAUGUGAUCCAGACAUUAGAAACUACAACCAAGCAGAAUGUGCUACGUGUUGUGUCCCAGGAUGUAAAAUUCAGUCUUAGUGAUCUUGAUGAGCUUUAUGAAUUAUUCAAGAAGGAGCACUUUCUUUCCUGUUACUGGAAUGUACAUAGUCCUGUCUUGCAACAUCAUGAUGCCAGUCUGCCAUAUCUUGAGCAGUACCGGAUCGACUGCCAGCAAUUCAGGGUUCUCUGGCAUCUCCUGAGCCCCUGGUCACACUGUGCAAACAGAGACUCCCUUGCAUUGUGGACAUUCAGACUGAUGGAUGAGAGCUCCGACUGCCUUAUCAACUUCAAACAAUUUGCCUGUGUUCUUGAUACCAUGUAUAAUGGAAGUUUCACUGACAAACUCAAGCUUCUUUUUAAGUUGCAUAUCCCUCCAGCUUUUACUGAAGUAGAAUCUCUAAGUCCUUCCAAAGGUGGUGAUCUUUCAAAAGAAGAACUGAUCCACUUCAGCCAACUCAGUGUUUCCGAUAUUGGGGAUAGCCUUGAAAGUGAUUCUUCGAAGAGCAGCCCAGAAAAAGGGAAGGGGAGGGUUGAUAUUCAGGCAUAUCUGAAGCAAUGGCAAGAUGAACUUCUUAAAAAAGAGGAAAACAUUAAGGAUUUGCCAAGAAUGAAUCAGUCUCAGUUCAUCCAGUUCUCCAAAACUCUCUACAAUCUGUUCCACGGGGAUCCUGAGGAGGAGCUGUUGUACCGGGCUAUCGCGGUGGUUACCAGCCUCCUGCUGAAGAUGGAAGAAGUUGGGAGAAGACUGCAGGUUCCCACAUCAGCAGUCAAAGGUCCAGUUGCCACGAUGGAGGUGCCUGCUGAAAUCCCCAGACCAGGGCAGGAGAAAAGCAGCGCCGAGCAGACAGAAGGCAGUGGAACACAGAGUUUGAGAGGCAGCCAUGAGUGGUCUUUUGCCUUUGAACAGAUAUUGGCAUCCUUAUUGAAUGAGCCAGCCUUGGUGAGGUUUUUUGAGAAACCUCAUGACAUAAAAGUUAAAAUAGAGAGUGCUAAAAAUUUGCAACUUAAAGCAAGAACUAGAAUGUAAUUUUCUUUACCUCUGACUCUGAAUUAACCACAUAAAUGCUUACAAAUGAAGGUUUUUACUAUGGAAAUCGAGUCUAGUGUUUGCAUAGGGAAUGGAGUUUGAAGAGUUAGCUUUUAAGAUCAGAUUACUUGUAUGUAAUGUAAAUAAGAAUAGUUAGAAGCACAAUCACUUUUCUUGCAUUGGUCAUAAGUUUCACAUUAAAAAAAAAAAAAAGAACUGAGUAAUAAACUGUCUUUACCAUGUUACUGAAAUAUGCAACAUUGCUUGGAAAUACUGGCUGUGACCUAUUUCAAACCAGUCUGAAUGCCAGCUGUUCAAGUGUGUGCUCUCCAGGCUCAUUUCCAUUACUGUGAAAAAAAGAAUGACUUCCAACCAUUUUCACUUAAAAGGAGUAUUGACAGCUUAGAGGUUGUCUUCCAGGUUAGUUUAAUUAGUUAUUUCCAAAUUUACGUCACAUGGGAUCAAAGCAGACAAAGAAUAGAGUCUCUGGUAGGUACAAGAGCAUGAGAAGAAAGUUGCUCUGCUCUCAUUUCCUCUGCUUUGUUGUUACCGGAAUUAUUUCUUUUAUUCUCCCCCAUACUCUCAGGUAUUAAUGUUUUAUAUAUAAUGUUUAUAAAGUUUUAUUGAAUGAACAGUUACUCCAGAAACUAUAUCAUAUAUGUGAGAAAUGAGAAAGCUUUUUUUGAGAAGCCGUCACAGAAUAGUUAGACUUGAUACACUAUAAUGAUGGUUUGUAUUUUUAUGCAUAGCAUAUAAAAACUAAUUUAUCCAUUCAUAUGGAUAUGUUUCUGAGGCAAAGUAGGGCAACACUGUGUUACUUUUAAAAUGCAUUUACUCAUUGUUUUCCUAAUGUUGUUUUAGAAAUAUGAAGCAGAUGAUGUUGUUCUAGUCCAGGACAUACUCAGAUAAGAAUCACACAGUGAAGAAUUCUUCUGCAAAUAGCUCUGCUGAAAUUAAUGGAGCCUCAUAAAAAUAGAUGCAGGUGCCCAACCAAGAAGCUUUUCUAGGUUUAUAACAGAUACUGUUAAUUUCAAGAAGUCAAAGCUAUGAGCUAUUUGCUAAGCAAGGUAGCACAGCAUAUAACUCAGUGUAGUUUGGUUUUUUUUGGUUGAGAGCCAAGAUGUUAAGAUCCAAAUACAGAAGAAACCUGCAAAUAUGUAUAGCUUUGUGACAAUACCUGGGUUGGUUAUACAAAAACUGAGCACCUUUUAAAAAAAAAAACAAAAAACAUUUUCUAUUAGUAUUAACCCAAGAGGCUGCAGAGCCAGUCCCAGAUAGUUGGUAGCUCUUGUCAGCUAUCAUAGCUAUGUAUAAAAAAGAGAAUAACAGAUAUAUAUAAAUAGAGUUUAAAUGAGAAGGACAACUAGUCUAAAGCUACACCAGGGGAAGUUUAGGCUAGACAGUAGGAAAAACUGUUUUUUUGAGGGACAUGUGGGCUUUGCUUGUGGCAAAGUAUCCACUGGGCCAGAGAUCCCCAUGCCAUACAGCUUUCUGGGCAUCUGAAGGCCUUGGUGAUGCAAAGAUGACCCCAGGCUCACCUCACAUUGCAUUAAGUGAGCACACUCCUGCUGCAGGAGGGCAGCUCCACGAGUAGCUGGGAAUGAAGCAGAAGUGCAGGGAAGGGGCCUGGUGGCCACAGAGCAUCUGACCCAGAAUUACUCAGCUACUUCCCAAAGGGGGACUUUCCAUUCAGAUUGUAACUUAGAAGUGUUUAGCAGUGUUUUUGAACUUUGAACAGUUCAUUCACGAACAGGAAGCAAUGUGGUUAAGUGAGUGAGUACUGAGGUGUCAUUUCACAUUUCUGUGUGGUGGUUGUUGCUUUUUUUUGUUGUUUUCCUGUAAAAAGUUUCAUGAAGGUACCAGUCUCUCCCAUUUUGGUUCAGCUGUAGGAAAUAAAAUGAAUGUGCAUUAUUCAGUAAAGAAUAGACAGUUGUAGGUAGGAUAUAGCUUGGUACAACUAGAGAUGCUGUUAAUUAAUUUUAAAAAUUGCACUACCUGCUGCAGUGUCACCAGUGUGAGUUGGCACCUACGCCGUGGUUACUUACCCUGAGACAUUCUCAGGGGCCGUUACUGCACAGUCCUGAAGUCUCAAUGCCUUUAUAUUCACUAGCCCUGGGGGGUGGCCAGCAGAGCUGCCAUGGCCCCUCAGUCUUGUGUGCUGCUCCUGGAGCCUGUCACCAGUCCCUGUGCUCCAGGUGAACAAUGGCAGCUCUGACCACCAUGAGGAUCUGGAUGCUGGACAUCUUUGUGUGCCCAGUUCAGGGCUUGAACACACCAGGCGAGGGAAGUGCUCAGCUAAUGGUAAUAAAAAUACAGACCUGUUCCAUGAUGAGGGAGAACUGCUUGUAAUUGAACUGGAAGCAUUUCCCAGGACAUGGAAAUGGGCCCUGCCAUGUGAUUCAGAAAAAGCACUCUCAUUCCUAAAACAAGCUACUUGUUCAUCACUCCUGGUUAGAUAAUAACAUCUUUUGAGAAGAGUUUGCUACCAGAGUGACUAAGAAACAGCUGUGUGUUGAUUUUACCAGAAGUUUCUCAUACAGUUGUACCAUACAAGGCUCUUGAUUGCAAUUACAGUUGUUAUCCAGACUAAAACACAAAGAAAUAUUCCAGUUUGUUUCCAGAAAAUUAGGCUGGUUUAUCUUUUUUGCUACAGCUUUGUCACUUUACCAAGAAGGCAACACAUGUUUGUGUUGGCAGGUUGGCUUUUUCUACAAUGUAUUGUAUACAGAACUACUGUAAGACAAAUGGGGUGUUGAAUAAAAAUUUGUUUCACUUAAGGAAAAAAACAAAUAAUCUGUGUUUGAGGCACUAUUAUUUCUCUUGAUGGACUAUUUCAGACUUUCCUUCAUGGGCAUCAAUCAUGCUAAAGCCAUGUUUCAUCAGUGCUUUCCAAAGGGAGGCCCAAGCCAAAAAACCAUGGUAGGAUACCAAGUGCCUCAGAAGCAGAGGAAAAAAAUGAAGAGGAGACCCAGAUUUUGAAGCCUGGGACCAGUUUAGCUUUGCCUGCAGCCUGAGCAAGUUAGCCCAGGAAGAGUAACAUCCCAAAUAAAACAUACACAGUGUGCAGACACGUCUACCCUGCCCUAAUGCCUUCUCCUUUCUGAUUCAUGCAUUGCCCCACUGCUUCUGGGAUCGGUCAUGGAAAUGCCAGUCGCCUUCUUGGGCCCCAUCCCUUCAGCUGCUCAUACACAUCUAUACCUGACAGCUGCUGCUCUUGUGCCUCCUGGAGAGCAAGGAGCAGAUUUUGAUUCCCAGUGGACACGUAUCACCCAGGGAAUAAAACCAGUUUAUGUUGUGUAAGAGGUCUUACAAGUGUUCUUUUUAUUUCUUUUUUUGUUUGUUUGUUUUAAAAUACUAUGUACAAUCUGUUUAAAGCUUGUCAAAAUGCACAGACUCCCAUUCAGUGGAACAGUGCAGGGACAUAUAGAUUCAAGACAAGAAUAAAAUCUUUACUGUUCAUCUUCAUAAGACACUUCCUUUUUCCAUUACAAAAUACUUUAAAGAAUAGUAACAUUUAUAAAUGUAUCUAUAUUUAACAUCAUAUAAAAUAAACCAAGAUUUAUACUCAA